CUCGCUCGCUGACGUCACAGGGACCCCGGACCCGGCGUCGCUCUGUCAGCAGCUGUGGCACCGGUGUGUGUGUUUUGAGUGUUUUUGAGUGUUUUUGAGUGUUUUUGGGGACACUUUUCUUCACACUCGUGUUGUUUCGUGUGAUUUCAUCACAGCCUCAGCCCGCAGCGAUGACACCGCUGCUGCUGCAGCUGCUGUUAUCCACCGGAGGAAGAGGAAGAGGAAGGAGGUGAUGAUGAUGAGGAAGAGGAGGAGGAGGAGGAGGAGGAUUACACGCAGUUAGCUGACGGAGCGACAGAGCCGAGCCCAGACUCGGUGUGUGAGCCGACAACCGGAGCAGGAGCGGGGACACGGGGACACGGGGACACGGAGAGGCGAAGAUGCCGCGGAGGAAACAAUCCAACCCUCAGCCGGUGAAACUGGAGUCGGAGGACGGGCUGGUGGCGUGUGAACCCAGUUGCCUGGUGUUGGAAAGCGACUUCCUGCUGAGUGGAGAGCUGGAGUUUGGAGAUGCAGAGAUCAUGGGUCUGGACAGAGAAGCCGGUGUGACUGUUUUCUCUCUGAGCGUGGAGGAAGAAGAACCCUCCGCUCCAUCAGACUCCACGUUUCCAGCUUUCCUCUCGUGUAAAGGAUGUGGUCAACUGCUGGGAGACACUCCUCUGGGAGCAGGACUCGAUCUGGGUGUGGGUCUGGACCUGGGGGCGGAGCUCUACUGUCUCAGCUGUGAGGAAGGCGCCCAGCUCGCGGCCUCUCAGGUGGAAGGUUCGACUCCGUCGGACACUUCCAUCAGCAGCGCCUGCGACAGGAAGCAGGAAGACCCGGGUGAGCUGCGCGCCGCGUGCGACCCCCCGGCGAAGCUUCACUCGUGCUCUCUGUGCGCCUUCACCUCGCGUUACUCCAACCACCUGAAACGCCACAUGAGGAUCCACAACGGCCUGAAGCCGUACCUCUGCCCCGUCUGCCCGUACGCCUCCGCCCAGCUCGUCAACCUGCAGCGCCACGCGCGCACGCACACCGGGGAGAAGCCGUACCGCUGCCCGCAGUGCAGCUACGCCUGCAGCUCCCUGGGCAACCUGCGGAGGCACCAGCGCAUGCACGCGCAGGAGAGACCGCAGCGGAGGGACAAGGAGAAGAGACGAGGACGACAGAAGAAAAACCACGCUGCCGCUGAAGAAGUGGUGUCAGACCUGACUCUGAGAGUCUCUCAGGACUCUGGUUACCUGCACACGUUGGGAGGCCUGGGCUCUCCCUCCGCCCCCCUCCCCGUCCUCCUCUUCCCCCUGUGCUGCCGACUGUGUGGCCUCACGCUGGAGGAGGACGACCUGGAGGGAGACAAGACUGAGGGGGAGGACGAGGAGGACGGGGACGCACAACAGGUGUGUCGUCGUUGCUCGUUGGACCUGCCGUCGAAAGACGCAUCUGCGCCCCCUUGUGGCGCCACCUUGCCUUGUGGAUCCCGGCGUGGUCGGCGAGGGACCAAAGUGUACCGCUGUCCCCACUGUCCCUUCUUGUCCCACUACCCCAACCACCUGGCGCGCCACGCCCACACCCACUCUGAGGAGAAGCCCCACAGCUGCCCUCACUGCCCUUACACGUCCUCGCACCUGGACAACCUCAAGAGACACCUGCGCGUGCACACGGGCGAGAAGCCGUACCAGUGUCCGUCCUGCAGCUACGCCUGCGGGAACCUGGCCAACCUGCGGCGCCACGAGCGCAUCCACUCGGGCGCCAAGCCGUUCCACUGCGGCGUGUGCGGCUACUCCUGCAACCAGAGCAUGAACCUGAAGAGGCACAUGCUGCGGCACACGGGCGAGAAGCCGUACGCCUGCGCCGAGUGCAACUACACCACGGGACACUGGGACAACUACAAACGCCACCAGAGGAAGCAUGGACACAACACGGACAACUGGGACAAACACGCGCCUGACAGCGGCUUCAGCUGGAGCGGAGACGCCCAGGAGACGACGACGACGACGACGACGACGCAGCAGCAGCAGCAGCAGCAGCAGCGAAACACCUGCUUCACACGGACCGAGGUGGAGGGACGAGGACACUGA